CGAGGUGUUCAGAUCUCAAGUAAGGCUUCCUUCCACAAUUCUCCGGCGGCCUAGAGCGAGAUCCGGUAGGCACUCCUCACCGGCGGCCCCGCGCGUGUUUGCUCUCCGGUAGAUCCUCGCACAUCUCUUACCAACGAGGAGCGCCACGCCUGGGGAUGGAUGCGCUCCUCGGCGCGGCGGAGUGGGUGGUGGGCAAGGCGCUAGCCCGCGUCGCCGAUGGCGUGCUGCAGGCCUGGGCUGCCAGCAGCAGCUUAGGGGGCAACAUCGAGGCAGUCAAAAUGGAGCUGCUCCUCGUCAAGGCCACGCUCGAAUUGGCCAGUGGCAAGCAAAUCAGCGGCAACGCCAUGGAGCAGCUGCUGCAGAUGAUGAGGGACUCGGCGGAGAAGGCCGUGAACUUGCUGGACGAGCUGGACUACUUCCACUGCACCUACGACGCUACCGCCCACCAUGGAGAAUGUUUACACAGACUCUGUCAACUACUGUCUUGCCCGUCUUCCCAACAGGCUCAGGCUCAGGCUCAUGAUGAUGAUGCUGGCCAAUCGACUCUUUCUGGUUCGCCGCAGAUAGAGCACGCGGAAGAAGCACCACGGCUGAUGUUUGAUAGGGUUGAAUUCUCUCGAAGAAGCAAGGACAUUGUAGAGCAGCUGCAGCCUGUGCGUAUGGAGGUUACCAAGAUUCUGCAAGCUUGUGACCGUAGGACUGUCCAAGAUAUUGCCCAGAUUCGUCCCGUCAUCACCGGUCAAAUUAUGGAGCCAAUAGAUACAUACAGGAAGGACGAUCUCGUGAGUAACAUCAUACGUGAUGUGACCAAGGUGCUAGCCCCCCUUGCCAAUGGCACGCUGGAGGCUUGGGGUGCCACCAACUACUUGGGUCUCAACAUCAAGGCCCUGAGAAUGGAGCUGCUGCUCGUGCAGGCGACGCUUGAAACCGCCAGCCACAAGCAGAUCUGUGGCCCGGCGAUGGAGGAGCUGCUGGGGAAUCUGCGGGACUCGGCGCACAAGGCCGGGAACUUGAUUGAUGAGCUUGUAUACUUCCGCACCCAGGAUGAGCUCCAUGGCCCAUCCGUCGCUGUGGACAACCAUGCCAAGGAUGGCGUUCACGACCUUGUCCCCGAUGUUCGGCGCACCACUAAAUCUGUAGGCAAACUGUCAUGUUUACCCAGCGGAUGCAUGCCCAAACUCGGUCAAUUCCUGUCUUGCUCAUCUUCCCCACAUGCUCAUGAUGAUGAUUCUGGUAAAUCACCUCUUUCUGGUUCACCACAGAUAGAGCACGCGGAAGAAGCACCAAUGCUGAUGUUUGACAGGGUUGACUUCUCUCGAAGAAUGAAGGACAUUGUAGAGCAACUGUGGCCUGUGCGUAUGGAGGUUACCAAGAUUCUGCAGAGUUGUCACAGUAAGAUUGUCGAACAUAUUGCCCAGAGAAAUCCUGUCAUCACCGGUCAAAUUAUGGAGCCAAGAUUAUACAGGAGGGACGAUCUCGUGAGUAACAUCAUACAUGAUGUGGCCAAGGUGCUAGCCCCCCUUUCCGAUGGCUUGCUGGAGGCUUGGGAUACCACCAAAAACUUCGAUCUCAACAUCAAGGCCCUGAGAAUGGAACUCCUGCUCGUGCAGGCCACGCUCGAAACCGCUAGCCGCAAGCUGAUCGGUGGCGCGGCGAUGGAGGACCUGCUGGGGAAGCUGCGGGACUCGGCGCAGAAUGCUGGGAACUUAGUUGACGAGCUUGACUACUUCCGCAUCCAGGACGAGCUCCAUGACACGUCCGACGCUGCAAACUACCAUGAAUCUGUAGGCAAAUUGGCAUGUUUACCCGCUUGCUGCUCUGCUGCCAGCCCUGGCAAACCUGGAGAAGUACAAGAUGCAACUGCGGUGUGUGCGUAUGGACGUUACCCAGAUUCUUCAGAGUUGUGACCGUAACACUCUCCCAGAUAUUGCCCAGAGAAAUCCCAUCAUCACCGGUCAAAGGGAGAGACAGACCAAUAUCAGUGACAUGGCUGCCUUGACACUUAGCUAUGACCAUCUCCCUUUCGAUCAGCAACAAUGUUUUACCUAUUGUGGAUUGUUUCCUGAAGAUUUCCAUUUCAGCAGCAGCCAACUCAUGAACUUGUGGAUAGGAUUAGAUAUCUUACAAUGUGCUGGCGGAAACCAAACACUUGAAGAUGUAGGCUUGAGGAAUAUAAAUGAUCUGGUCAUGCAUGGAUUUUUCAAAGAAAAAGAGACCGAUGGCCGUCUGUAUUUUGUUAUGGAUGACCUGCUACAUGAUUUAGCAUUGAAGGUUGCAUCUCAUGAGUGCCUUACUUUGCAUCUCUCUAAUGCGGGAUCGUUAUACAUUCCUUCAGGAAUCCGUCACUUGUCUAUAAUCAUAGACGAUGGUAAUGCAAUGUCUGCUGAAAAAUUUAAGACUGAACUGAGAGAACCGGAGAUGAGAAUGGAUGUUCGGCACUUGCAAACUUUGAUAUUAUUUGGAGAAAUGGAUGAAAGCUGUGCCAAGAUUUUGGGUGAUCUGUUUAGCGAUGCAAGUGCUCUUCGUGUUCUUCAUUUGCAUGAAACGUCAUAUCUUGCCGAGUCCAUAUUACAUAACUUUUCAUCCUUUGACCAACUACGAUACCUAUUUAUAGGGACGAAGGUUAGGGGGCUGAUGCAUAGAUAUUCGGUUCUGUUCAAGCGUUUGAAGUGUGUGCGGGUGUUGGAUCUACAUGGUUGCAAGGAUUUAGACAACUCUGCUAUGGUUGAUAUAUGCCUAAUGAUCAAGCUGAAGUACCUGAGUCUCAAGCAGACGCAGGUCACAGAGAUCCCUCCAGAAAUCUCAAACUUGCAAAAGCUGGAGACUCUGGAUGUAAGCCAGACACAAAUCAGCAAUAUUCCUCCAGAAAUCAGGAAACUGCAAGAACUGAAGAGUCUGGAUAUAAGGCAGACACAAGUGAAAGAGAUUCCCAAGGAAGUUCUUCAGCUUCCUAAACUAAUACAUCUGCAUUUUGGUCAAAGUGGUAGCUUCGGAGUAAAGUUGCCUGCAGGAAUCAACCAAUUGGAGUCAGUGCAGGUGAUGGGCACUGUUGAUUCCAGAGAAUGCUCGGAAAGUGCUAUCAAGGAGAUUAGCGAGCUGACAGAAUUAAGGGAGCUUGAGGUAGUCCUGUAUGAUAAACCUGAGGACAUGGAACGGAAUGAUAAGCUGCUGUCUUCCGUAGGCAAGUCCAGCAAUCUUAAAUCUCUGACAAUUUAUGGUGAUUCCAAUCCAAGCGACAAACUUCCUUCAGAGUACCCCAACUUUCCCCAACUUGAGAAGCUAAAGGUGGCAGGACGAUUUGUUAAAGUUCCAGGGUGGAUUGGACAGCUCAGCACUCUUUCUACUCUUGUUAUCAGGGUCUGCAAAGUAGAGGCGAAUGAUCUGACGAUAAUCGGAGGCCUGCCCUGCCUGAGAGUUCUUGCGCUAGAACUGGUUGCCGUCCCAAGAAAACAAGUAACUAUCACCAGCAGUGCAGGUUUUGCAAGGCUUGAGGUCUUCUGUUUUGAUUGUCGUGUGCCAUGGGUAAGCUUUCAGGAGAAAGCUAUGCCAAAUCUGAAACACCUCCAGCUGCAGCUGUACAGAGGGCCAGCAGAUAAAGUCCCAUCAGGUAUCAUGCUCCUUGAGCUCCUCAACACGGUGAUCCUUCUGUACUCUUCAAAGUAUGCAGCCAGUGACAGUGUCUUUGAGGCAGUUGCCGUUGUGAGGGAAAAUGCUGCCAGCCAUGCUAAUCUGAUAGAGCUUUCCAUCAAUGGCGACACAGAGACUUUCCCCUCCAACAUUGGUGCUGACAGAUGCGUUGCUGGAACAGAAUUUGUCAACGCCGGAAGCGAAAUCGAAGAAGUGUGAUCUUCUGAAUGACUGCAUUCACAUGGGUAUGUCGAUGGAUGGCUGGUUCGCACGGUAUGCACCCGACCAGGAAAGAGAGAUCGAUAAGCAAAACUCAAUGGCAUUAUUCAUUGCAGCACGCGCCCCUUCGCAUCUGAUCGCCAUGGACGUACAACUGGUCUGGAGCCUUGGCCUUCUUAUCAAAUUCGCCAUGUAUUUGGAACUAGGAUCUCAUUGUCUACAUCAUAUGUGUCUAUCAGCUCACAUGCCACAUUCUUCCCUUCCCAUUUUAAAACCAACAAUAAUCGGGUCGUCGGUUUACAAUAUACCUAUCUGCUUACGUUUAUUAACUUCCAAGAUAUUUUUGUAACAUGGCGAUGUUUCUUCCAAACUUGUAUUCAUGUUCUUUUAGUUGGAAUUGUGGCCUUUUAUUCAAAUUGGUAAUGGCAACUCUGAAGAUACAAUCCGGA